CCAAAACAUCUGCUGGCGGCUCUUCAAUACAGUAAACUUGUAGCUAGCUAGGUAGUUAGCCACCUAGCUAAAAUACAUAAAAACAGCUUAAUGUUACACAGCGGCAGCUACAUAUAAAACAUCAUCUGAUCACAGUCACAGCCGCUGCACAGUUUCCGUGCUGCCUUGUCGGAUCUGAGCUCCAGCAUAGGGAAGCAAAGCGGAGAGGCAGCUGCCGCCGGCGCAGCGAGCCUGGUGGACAAAAUGUCCGACAGCCCGGAGAAGAGCGCCUCGGUGUCGGCUCAGGAGCUGAAGGAGCAGGGAAACCGCCUCUUCCUCAACCGCAAGUACCUGGAGGCUGCUGCCUGCUACAGCAAAGCUAUUACCCACAGUCCCGUCCCAGCGUACUACACUAACAGAGCUUUGUGCUUCGUGAAGCUGCAGCAGUACGACAAAGCUCUGGCAGACUGCAGACACGCUCUGGAGCUGGACAGCCAGUCGGUCAAAGCUCACUUCUUCAUGGGUCAGUGUCACCUGGAGAUGGAGAACUAUGACGAAGCCAUCGGCAACCUGCAGAAAGCUUAUAACCUGGCAAAGGAGCAGCGUCUGAACUUUGGUGAUGACAUUCCCAGCGCUCUCCGGAUAGCGAAGAAGAAACGGUGGAACAGCCUGGAGGAGCGGAGGAUCAACCAGGAGAGCGAGCUGCACGCCUACCUCACCAAACUCAUCCUGGCCGAGAAAAAGAGAGAGCUGGAGGGCUGCAGACAGAAACAAGAGGACAAGUCUGACGACAGCAGAAUUCAGCACAAUCUCAACGAAAUCCACACAAAACAUGACAAGUUCCUUUCAGACAUGGAGGAGCUGUUCUCUCAAGUAGACGAGAAGAGGAAGAAGCGGGAGAUCCCGGACUUCCUGUGUGGAAAGAUCAGCUUUGAGUUGAUGAGAGAGCCGUGCAUCACUCCCAGCGGUGUCACUUACGACCGGAAAGACAUCGAAGAGCACUUACAGCGAGUCGGCCAUUUUGACCCAGUGACGCGUAGCCCACUGACCCAAGAUCAACUCAUCCCCAACCUGGCCAUGAAGGAAGUCAUUGAUGCGUUUAUUUUGGAGAACGGAUGGGUGGAGGACUACUGAACAAGCCGAGGAGGAAGGAAGGUCAAGACAGAUCAGUGUUUUCAGUCACAUGUGCUUAAGUUCCCUUCACACUGUGUUAUUUUGUUCUGUCUGAGUUAAAAGUUGACAAUCGUGAGAGAAACGUGAAAUCUUUGGUGGAUCUCACUGUGAGAUUCGUCCACCGACGGAUGAUUUAGAGCUUUGGUGACCAAAGACAGUCUGAGGUAAAAUUCUGACAGAUAUUAGAAGCAAAUUCUCACAAUGUGACUGCUGCUACGACCCACGACUACAAACCAACCAAUCAGAAUACGACAUUAAAUGACACAGAACACACUGGCCGGCGUGACAUUUGAUAAGUGUCAUUUUUUAAUAAAGUUUAGGGAAAAAACGCACACAAACCAAAACGAUGGAGUUGAACCAAAAAAGAAGUUUGCAUGACUUCAUCAGAGCUGCAGAUGGAUGACGAGCCGACGUGUCUCUGCUCUCAAAGACUUUUUUUCUUAUUUCUGUCGUAGCGCUACGAUCAAUCAGCAGCUGCCACGUCUUGAAACUGAAAUCCUUUAAAGUGACACCGACAGCCGCUUGAUGCUCCAACUGACUCCCAUUCAAAAAACUUCUCUCUAGAAAGUCAAUCAUUGUUUUCAACGAGUCAUUCUGGUCUCAAUCUCUAAAUUCAGACCCUCUAAUAAGUGAGCUGGUGGUCAUUUUGGAAAUUAUUGCUCCGUUUAUAAGAUUUGAUGUCUGUUGUCUGGCGGCGUUGAUUGACAGCUGCGAUUGAUCAUUUUUUAAGUUAGUAUAGCCGAACACGCUGCAGGGCUGCCGUCAUUAUCAAAUAAUAAAGUUUAUAAGUAUAGCACUUCAGAAAGAUCUUUACACAAAAAAAGACAUAGGAAUAAAAAUGAAGGCAGGAAAUCAUAAAACAAGCGUAAGAUAAAAAUCUAAAAGGCAUAAAAUAAGUAAAGACAAUAAAAUUUUAAGUAUAAGAAAUAUAGAUCGAUAAUUAGAAUCCGUUUCAGUAGCCCAGAAGAAUAAAGAAGAAUAAUAGAGCAAAAGUAAGGUAAUAAAUAGUGAAAUAAACAAAAUAAUAGAAAAAAUAAAUAUUAAAUCUAUUUAGAGAAUAGAAUUAUACAAGUUGUGAAAGUCUCACAACUGAAAGUCUAAAAAAAUGAGUUUUAAGAAGUGAUUUAAAAGAAGAUAAUGAUGUUAAAGGCACAAUCUUUUCUAGUCUUAUGAGACGAAUUUAAAUCGUAAUUUCAUUCUUGUUCCGUUGUCUGACAACAGAAACAGAAAAAUACACUGUAUAUUGUGAAUUCAGCUGCAUUAAACAGUGACGGUGAUCACAGAGCAGCAGGAGACUGAACAUUAUCAGACUGUUCAGUUCAGUUUAGUCAAAAACAAAAAGUACAGAAAUGUUUCCUGUACAUAUAAUAUACAGAACACAAUAAUACAACAAAACAAUCUCUAAAAUGCUAAAUUACAUGUGCAGAUGAAGCAGGGUGAUCGCACAGGGAACAAAAGAGCUUUUACUCCUGUUGCACUUGAACCGAGGAACUCUGAGGGAAGAGAGAGAGUUAAUGAAACUUUCUUCAUAAUCGAUCGUUUUUUUUUAAAAUGUCUUGUAUUAAUGCUGAUUUUAUCGGAUGACGCUGCAAUCAUAAAAGGGAUUCAAUCAGCUGGAUUUGUCUCAGCAGAUGUUUACUGUGAUGCAGUUUUGUUGUUUGUCAACUGAUAAGAGGACGAAGAAGAAGAAGAGAUUUAGCUGUUUGUUUUUUUUUCGCAAAUCACAAAAACGGCGGUUUAAAAUUAAACAGCAAAGUCUAAAUCAGUCUUAAAUUUAAAUUUGACUCAACCGUCUGAAUAUUGAUGUUUGUCAUUCGUAAAUAAACCAGUAUUGAUCAUCAGUUCAUGUAAUAAUCCACGCUGUGGCUCUGAGAAUCAACAAACUGCCGACUACAAUCAGAUAAUCACUUCAUGUGAAGAAAUUAGAUCAUAUAAAUAUAAAUAUAAAAAAAAUCUGCACCACUGGUUCAUCCAGCAGCUCGUUCAGCUGUAAAAGAGGAGAAUUGUGUUUGCUGGCAAACAGGAAGAAGAGAAACUGUUGUGGCUGAAAGUGUUUCAGUUAUUCAGAGAAACAUGUGACUGGAUGAAGUUAAAGAACAACCUGUUGUUUUAUAUUUUCGUGUGUUUUCAGAUGUUUUUCUGUGUUGUUGUUGUUGUUGUUUUUUUUGCAAACUCUUUGUGCAAAAACAAAAAUUUGUGCUCUUGUUUUAAAAACUUGAGUUUUCUUGUUAAAUCUUGUUAGUUUGUGGUUUUACAGCCUUUGAAUAGCUCCAUGAGUGUAUGGAGGAUUUAAAACGCCCGUCAUGUCACAAUAUAAUCAAUUCAUUCAGUUAUUAAAGACAAAAAGCUAUUUAUUGUCCCUUUAAUAACAAAUGUUUUUCAGUUAAUUAUGACACAGUUAAUGCAUACAUAAAAUAAAAUACAAAUCAUGUGUA